UAUGUCACAAGUACAUCAGUAAAUAGGCUCACCUGUAUGUCACAGGUACAUCAGUAAAUAGCCUUCACCUGUAUCUCACAGGUACAUCAAUGAACAGAAAUUAAAAAAUUUGGCUGGGAAGAAGGAGAGGGGAGUACUGUAUCCCAUCCAGUGAUGGACUUGUGUGGGAUGUGACAUCUAGAGUGGCGUGGGAUGUGACAUCUAGAGUGGUGUGGGACGUAACAGUGGUGUGGGAGGUGACAUCUAGAGUGAUGUGGGACGUGAUAGUGGUGUGGCAGGUAACAUCUAGAGUGGUGUGGGACGUGACAUCUAGAGUGGUGUAGGAUGUAACAGUGGUGUAAAACAUGACAUCUAGAGUGGUGUGGGACGUGACAGUGGUGUGGGACGUGACAGUGGCGUGGGAUGUGACAGUGGCGUGGGACAUGACAGUGGCAUGGGAUGUGACAGUGAUGUGGGACUUGACAGUGGUGUGGGAUGUGACAGUGAUGUGGGACGUGACAGUGGCGUGGGAUGUGACAGUGAUGUGGGAUGUGACAGUGGCGUGGGAUGUGACAGUGAUGUGGGACGUGACAGUGAUGUGGGACAUGACAGUGGCGUGGAAUGUGACAGUGGUGUGGGAUGUGACAGUGGCGUGGGAUGUGACAGUGAUGUGGGACGUGACAGUGGCGUGGGAUGUGACAGUGAUGUGGGACUUGACAGUGAUGUGGGACGUGACAGUGAUGUGGGACUUGACAGUGAUGUGGGACGUGACAGUGGCGUGGGAUGUGACAGUGAUGUGGGACGUGACAGUGGCGUGGGAUGUGACAGUGACGUGGGACGUGACAGUGAUGUGGCACGUGACAGUGAUGUGGGACUUGACAGUGAUGUGGCACGUGACAGUGGCGUGGGAUGUGACUGAUGUGGGACGUGACAGUGGCGUGGGAUGUGACAGUAAUGUGGGACGUGACAGUGAUGUGGGACUUGAAAGUGAUGUGGGAUGUGACAGUGGUGAGGAAAGUGACAGUGGUGAGGAAAGUGACAUCUGAUGACAAAGUAAAAUAUACAAACAGUAGAUUGAAACAAAUCAAGUAGAAAAAACUGGUUGGAUGUCACAAAUAGCUUGGUUUGAAACUAAUCUUCAAUUCAGAGUGAAUUUUAAUCUUCGUACAGUUCCUUUUUUUCCAGUUACCUCUGUAGUAGAUGAUAAAUAGAUAUAUACUUAUUAAAUGGUGGACAUACAAUAAUGUUCUUGAAAAAAAUACUUGUGAAUACCCUGAAAGUUUAUAUAAUACAUGGGCAGCAGCUUGCUGAAAGGAAGUCUGUUUGUUCAAAUGAAUGUCCUUUUUCCUUAUUAGGGGUCACAGAAGAAAGUCUUUCAGUUUUAUUUUUCCUUUACAAGCUGUAGAACAGGCGAGUGAUACAGAACUAUGAAUCCUGUAAUGUGAUAAUUUGAGUUGAAUAUGUGUAUAAUAUCAGUCUUUGUCUUGUCUCUGUGGAAAGAGUAUUCAAUCCUCUGAAUGUAUCAAGUUUAUAGACUGUUAAAUAAUUUGUCAGACUUAUAUUUCAUUCAUUCUAGGCAGAUCGUAGAAGGUAUUCUAGAAUGUCAGAAUGUUUGAGGAAGGAACCUUCAUUGUUGGUCAGUGUUCAUGUACCUAGACAAUUUUAUAGAGCACCAAUUCAAUCAUGCUGUAAUUUUGCUCCACAUUUCUCAUAAAGGCUGCCCAAUGGUAUGUAGCUUAGUAUUUGCCUGAAGGUUUGAGACCGAGACCCUGUGAUAUCAACGAUCAUUUGUCUCCCACUUGUCCUUCAUAUAUAUAUGUUAUCACUCGGUAUUGUUGAUAUAUAUGUAUAUAUAUAUGU